GGGGCGUAGUCACGCAGUCGCGUGCGUUUACGUAAAGCUAGCGCUCCGGUUUCCCUGGCGGAGAAGAUGGCGGCUCCUGGACCGGGGGAGUAUUUUAGUGUAGGGAGUCAUGUCUCGUGCCUCACCUGUCUUGGACAACGUUUGCAAGGAGAAGUCGUGGCUUUUGACUACCAGACCAAGAUGCUAACUCUGAAAUGUGCUUCCUCCAGUGGCAAGCCCAACCUCAGUGACAUCAUUCUGAUCAACUUGGCCUACGUUUCUGACGUAGAAACCAUUAAUGACCGUACAGAGACCCCUCCUCCUCUAGCAUCUUUGAAUGUCAGCAAGCUUGCCAAUCGGGCAAGGACGGAAAAGGAAGACAAGUUGUCCCAAGCCUAUGCAAUCAGCGCUGGGGUUUCAGUUGAGGGCCAGCAACUAUUCCAAACUAUACAUAAAACCAUUAAAGACUGUAAAUGGCAAGAGAAGAACAUUAUUGUGAUGGAUGACGUCAUAAUCUCACCACCCUAUCAGGUGGAAAACUGCAAAGGCAAAGAAGGAAGUGCUUUAAGUCAUAUACGCAAAAUUGUUGAGAAACAUUUUAGAGACGUGGAAACGCAGAAGUCGAUGCAGCGUUCACAAGCACAGCAAACACAGAAGGAAUCGUCGUUAUCAUCCUGAGAUGAUAGUGGGCGGGCAUGGAUUGGCCAGAGAGGGCACAGUGCACAUCAGCGCCCUGGAAGCUGAGCGAGAAUGACAUUUGCCUCCCCCUCAAUCUCUCUCUCUGUCUGUCUGUGUCUCUCUCCUCCUCCCCCCAUUUAGCGUCACAGACAGAGGGUGGGGGGGGUCACCAAGGGGCCCUGUCUGCCAGAUCAAAUAAACACAAAAAGUGGGAAAAACUCAGAUAAAAAGUGAGGGUGGAAAGACUUGAUUCUAAAUUAGACUCUAUAAAGAUAAUUUAAAAUACCAUCCAUUAAGCAACCCAAAGUUUACUAACUAGACCUCUCUCUCUCGCUUUUUCUGUGCCCUCCUCUUCCUUCCCUCUCCAUUUUUACCCCGUCUUCAAUUCCAUUUUCUCAAAAAAGGAAGAAAAAGCCCCCAAGCAGUCAGAAAAGAGCGUUAGCUUUGUUUCCCUCCCCUCCCAGUUUUCCUUUUUUUUUUUUUUUUGGUGUCGUGUCUAUUUUCUGUAUUUUAAAACAAAUUACUUGAAAUGCCACAGUUUAAAAAGGACAUUUUCUAAAAUAAAUAACAAAUUCUGACUGUAA